CGGCGCUUACUUUGUUUCGGGGCUCAGCCCCGGAACCUCUGGGCGUGCAGAGUCAUAUUCCCGGGACCUCGACUUAAAAAUCUCAUUAAACGCUUUCUUUUUAAAUUCUCAACACAGUUGUAUCAAGUCUGCAAGUUCUUGCGUGCGAACUAGAGACAGUCGAAUACAGCCUAUCGUAAUGUCUGAGACACACAAUACUUUAAUAUACCGUCUGGAAAAAGUGCUGCGGGAAGAAAGUCUUUCGUUUUGUUCUGCUGCUACAGACUGGAAGCUGUUACCCGCAGGACUGAGACCUGACAUCUCCUGAGGGAAUUUAAAAAACAAACCCUGUUGUUCUAGUGCUUAAACAGGCUUGUGUGUGUGCUGUGUAAAUCUGAGGUGUACUUUGUGUAUUGUCUUGUCAUUAUGCGUUUAUAUUAUUUUUAUUUUUGAAACCUGUAACCUGCUGCUGUUAUUUCUAGCACGGCUUUGUAAACGAGCUACUUGUAGCUCACAUGACCUUCCUAAAUAAAGAAUUAAAAAUCAAAUAAAUAAAUAAUAAAGAGCGCGUCGCGUUUACGGUUAUAACCGCACUGAAAUAUACUGGCUUUAAAACAAGAAAAGACAACCGAUGCAGCUGCGCAGCAGAGACAAGAGAACGAGGCAAGCGCGUUUAUUGUUUGGAAAGGAACUGUAAUGUUAUUACUGCCAUUAAAAGCUAAACGCGUUAUAUUACCUCGUUAUUGACUAAAGUAAUAUUAUUACAGUAAGGCGUUACUAAAGUAACGAGAUGCCGUUCAAACCGUCAUCACAAACAUACGUGUAACAGAACAUUCCUUAACAUUACAUAUUAUAGAUUUGGGCUAAAACACAAAGUCAGACUCUUCAGCCCUGAUAUUAAACAGUUGUUAAUAUCAGCUGUUUAAUUCCUAAUCUUAACAUUGUAAUAUUUGUUGGGGGAUUUAGAAACAGUUUCAUAGAAUAUCUGAUUCGGCAGUUUCUGCUCCCCCUGCUUGUCUAAACCUGGCCUCAGUCCCAAACCCCGCCUCUCAGAGCUUUACACAACUCCAGGAAAUCAGCGCAGUGAAGUUUCGUUUCUUGUGAAAUCGUCAGUCUCUCUGUCUCUCUGCAGCAAGAAUGGCUUCAAAAGUAUGGUCAGAGGAUCGGUUCAGCUGUCCAGUGUGUCUGGAGCUAUUGAAGGACCCAGUCACUAUUCCAUGUGGACACAGUUACUGUAUGGGGUGUAUUAAGAACUGCUGGGAUCAGACUGAUCAUACAGGUGUCUACAGCUGCCCCCAGUGCAGAGAGACCUUUACCCCAAGGCCUGAUCUGCGCAGAAACACCGUUCUGGCUGAAGUUGUGGAGGAAUUAAAGAAGACAGGACUCAAUCCUCCUCCUGCUCAAAGUUAUGCUGGACCUGGAGAUGUGCCGUGUGAUUUCUGCACUGGGAGAAAGUUCAAAGCUGUGAAAUCCUGUUUGACGUGCCUGGCCUCUUACUGUGAAACACACGUCAAGCCACACAGUGAGGUUACUCCAUUAAAGAGGCACAAGCUGAUCAAUGCAAUUGGAGAUCUGGAGCAGAAGCUUUGUGCUGAACACCAGAAGGUUUUGGAGGUCUUCUGUAGAACGGAUCAGACGUGUAUUUGCUUGUUGUGUACACAAGAUGAACACAAGAGCCAUGAUACAGUCUCAGCUAAGAAGGAAAGGAGUGUGAAACAGAAGCAGCUGGGAGAGACACAGACAGAAAUACAACAGAGAAUCCAGGAGAGACUGAAAGAAAUUGAAGAGCUAAAACAGGCUGUGGAGACACUGAAAAGAUCUGCAUGCAUAGAAAUAAAGGAAAGUGAGAAGAUCUUUACUGAGCUGAUCCGAUCCAUUGAGAAGAUCCACACUGAGGUUAUUGAGCUGAUUGGAGCUAACGAGAAGGCUGCAGUGAAUCAGGCUGAAGGACGCAUGAAGAAACUGGAGCAGGAGAUUGCUGAGCUAAGGAGGAGAAACACUGAGCUGAAACAGCUUUCAGAGACAGAGGAUCACAUCCAUUUUCUACAGAAUUUCCAGUCUCUCUGUGCCCCUCCUGAAGCUGGAGAUUUACCCAGAGUUACUGUCAAUACAGACAUCUCUUUUGGGGCUGUGAGGAAAUCUGUAUCUGAACUUAAAGACCAUAUUGAGGACUUCUGCAAGGGGGAAUUAGUCAAAAUAACCACAACAGGUUGGAUGGCGCAGACAGUGACUGCUCCAGAGCCAAGGAACAGAGCUGAGUUUUUAAAAUAUUCCUGUCAGCUCACACUGGACCCCAACACAGCGUAUAGACAGCUCUGUCUGUCUGAAGGGAACAGAAAGGUGACACGGAGGAGAGAGACCCAGAGAUAUCCUCAUCACCCAGAGAGAUUUGAUAUCUGGCCUCAAGUGCUUUGCAGAGAGGGUUUGUCUGGGACUCGCUGGUACUGGGAGAUUGAGUGGAGUGGGAGAGAGGCUUCUAUAGGAGUCACAUAUAAAGGAAUCAGCAGGAAAGGAAUGGAUCAUUCCUGUGGCCUUGGAUUCAAUGACAAGUCCUGGAGUUUGCGCUGCUCUGAUUCCAGUUACACUGCCCGGCACAAUAACAAUGAAACUGCAAUACCUGCCCCCCGCUCCCCCAGAAUAGGAGUGUAUCUGGACUUUAAUGCCGGCACGCUGUCCUUUUAUGGCGUCUCUGACACAAUGACCCUCCUGCACAGAUUCCAAACCACAUUCACUGAGCCGCUCUAUCCUGGGUUUAGGCUUGAUUGGUUUCCUGGUUCCUCUGUAACAAUCUGCCAGCUGAACUAGACUGUUUUGUGUUGUAAGAAACCCUUUGUAUUGAACUCCCUGUCUGUCCUCUCCACUCCUCGGGUGAAGGGAAUGUUCAAUCUGACACAACUUUGGAUGAAAGUUAGGGGGUAAAACGGCGCCACCUGCAGAGCGAAACGAGGUGAAUUAUUUGUUUUUAGCAACGAAUGGAUUUCAUAGGAAGUAACUGUAUUUAAUUUAUUUUUUAAGAAUUGUUAUGUUUUAUAUAUAUUUUAAAAAAUGGCAUCCAAUAGUCAGUGCUGUAACAGUUUUAAAAAAAGUGAGCUUAAGUUUGCUUUAUUGUAUGUGUGUGUUUGUAUUAUUGUAUUGUAUUGUGUGUGUUUGUUUUCUUUGAUUUCCAUAAAAUGAGUUUUAUGUUUAUUUUUUCAGAUUUUAGUAAUGCGA